AUGGAAACAAUGAACAUCUGGACUCAUCUUCUCGGCUCAACAGCCUUUGUUGCCGUCGGUUUCAUGUUGAGCCACUCGGUAUCACGGUCUCAAGAUCCCAAAAUUACCCGCGGCGAUGUAUUUGCUUUCGGUUCCUUUCUGAUCUCGGCGACCAUCUGCUUUGGCCUUAGUGCUGGGUUCCAUACCCUAAGAAGCCACUCUUACAAUAUCCACCAUCUCUGGGGAAGAAUGGACAUCCUUGGAAUCUGCUUUCUCGCUUUUGGGGCUGGUACCUCGAUGACCUGUUACGCAUUCUAUUGCAGGCCUAUUGCCCAGAGAGUGUACUGGGGGCUAAACCUCUUCUCGGCAAUUGGCGCUGCAUUCACUUUGUUUGACACCGGCGGUGGAGGUAACAAGAUGAGAACUCUGCGUGGAAGCGUCUUCUCCUUGCUCGCUAUUUCUGCUAUGCUGCCUAUCCUUCAAAGUGUGAUCGAGCUGGGAUGGGCUCGUGCGAGUAAGGAGGUUGGAGCUGGGUGGUACUUGGCCGAAGCACUCUCCCUCUUGACCGGAGUGGUCAUUUUCGUCGGUCGCUUCCCCGAGAGACUGAGUCCUGGGAGCUUUGAUAUCUGGGGCCAUUCACAUCAGCUUUGGCAUAUGUUUGCUGUGCUGGGCAGCGCUUUUCAUGUAGUUGCUUUGGUGACUGCACAAAACCACCGUCGGAUGCAUGAAGCCUGCUGA